UUACAGCUGGGCGGGGCCCUGGGGAGGGUUCAUUUUACGUAGUGACGUAUACACCGGAUGCGGAAAUUUAGCAUCGAACAACAGUAGUUGGGAGCUGCAAAAAUGGUGUACGUGGCGAAUGGUCAGGUCCUGGACAACAGAAGCCAGUCUCCAUGGCGAAUGUCGUUCCUCACUGAUCUCUUCUGGGGUGCUGUGGAGUUCAUUGGCUUGUUUUUCCAAUCCUUGGUCCAGCCAGAUCUGACAAAGAGGGGUAACUCUGGCUCGUCCUCUGCAGGCUACAGUGAUGGCAGAGGCCCCCCUGGACCCCCUGGUGGCCGGAGGCGGAUGGGGAGGAUAAACCACGGUGGGGGGCCCAGCGCCCCUCCCAUGGGGGGAGGAGGAUGAGGAAGGUAAACGCCUACACAUUUUUGUGUAGGCGUGGGCUGUGGCACACCGGCUGCAGACAUGUAGCCUAAUUUAGGCUGCAAUGACGUGCAUGUGUGCCAGCCCCCCAUCCUCUACAGCUGCCUCUGCUCACCAGACUCCUGACGCUCCUCUGGGAAUUCCUACACGUAGGGUCCAGGGCGGCCGAUACGGCAGCUUCCUGUUUCUGACCCCUCUUCUUGUCCCCUUGUGAAUCAUAUCACAUCCCUCUCCGAAGCUGUAAUAUUUUUUGUAUCCCACUGUUAAAUAAAGUCCUGUGCUGUA